UGCACAACAAAGGCUGCUUGGAGUCCGCAUGCAUGCUCGCUCGCUCUAGUUUAGAUCCCUCAAUAUGGAUAUAAUGCAUGCAUGUACGCUAUUGGGCACAAUGGUCAGUGGGAACAUUGUCUAAAAUGAUUCAAUUGAUUAUUGCAAAUUGUUAGUUAGUAGCUAGACAUUUGUAUAAACGUGUCAUGCGAAUAGCUAAAUUAUAAUCAUCCACUGUCGUUCAAAUUAUUAUAAGUAAUUUGCAAGUAUAACUGACACUGUUUGGUUCGCAUUCUUCACCGGCAUACGUUUCAGAUAGACAGGUUAUAUUUUCCACGAAUGGCCCUGCAUGACUGACUAAUGACAGUAACCAAAUUAUUGUACGCACUAUAAAUAUAGUUUCAGAGUAACUAGUUACAAUGUGAAAGUUUAAACUAUUUCUGUUUGUAUGAUCCAACUAACUUAUUAUGGAUAGGCAGAAUUGUGCGUAGUUUAUUUAGCUUCGCCGCAAUGGCUUAUGGGUGCAGCCAGCUCGAGCGAAACAGCAGGUUCUAGGUGUUCGGUUCAGAGGCGCUGCAGAAGAAGUAUACGCGGCACAAUGAGUCUGAACGAGCAUUCAUUGCAAGCACUGUCUUGGAGGAAGCUUUACUUGAGUCGAGCAAAACUGAAGGCUUCCAGUCGAACGUCUGCUCUACUAUCUGGGUUCGCUAUGGUAGCAAUGGUGGAGGUUCAGUUGGACACAACCUAUCCUUACCCACCUGGUCUCCUCAUUGCAUUCAGUGCCUGCACCACUGUGUUGGUGGCCGUUCACCUUUUUGCCCUGAUGGUUAGUACCUGCAUCCUGCCUAACAUUGAGGCAGUCAGCAACGUUCACAACCUCAACUCAGUGAAGGAGUCUCCACAUGAGAGAAUGCACCACCACAUCGAGCUGGCCUGGGCCUUCUCUACAGUCAUUGGCACCCUGCUCUUCCUGGCUGAGGUUGUACUCCUCUGCUGGGUCAAAUUUCUACCCAUUAGGCCUAAGAACCACAACCCCAACAAUGGGACCAUAUCUGCAGGUGUGGCUGCUGCCAUCACCUCCACCUCUAUCAUGGUGCCUUUUGGCCUGAUAUUUAUAGUAUUUGCUGUACAUUUCUACCGUUCCCUUGUCAGCCACAAGACAGACAGGCAGUUCCAGGAGCUGGAGGAGCUAUCCAACCUGACCAGGCUGCAGAAUGAGCUGGACGGCAGAGGGGAGUCCCUCAUGCAAUCCCCCAUCUCUCAAUUCCCUUAAAGACUGACCACUCUGACAAGAUAGAUAUCUCUACCACGACAAUACUUUUGCCAUUAGUUUGACAUUUCUAUUAAAAACACAACAUAAUUUAUAUGAAAGUGUUGUGCAACUCACUGUUUGAAAUGUUCACAUUUCUAGAUUUUUUAAACUUGCAUAUAACUGUAAAACUAUGCCACUUAACGCAUGUACACAUUUUCAACAGAAAAAAACACCACUGUCUUAACUGGCACUUGGAGCAUUGUAUUGUGGACAGUUUAAAAAAAAAAAUUUUUUAAAUGUACCUUGCAGGUAAUAAUGCAUGGGGCUGAAGAGGGCUCUCAUUAACAAUCUAUUGUGACAAGGUGGCUUGCUUUAUUGUUACAAGCACCACUGAAGGUCUUAUGGUGUUUUCAAGACAACUCUGAACCUCGCAAGUUAAAAUUUGCGUAGAGCUUCCUAUUGGACGAUUCUGAUAUUUUCGAAGUGGGAAACCCAUUCCUCAUCUUUCUACAAUGAGUUUCCAAGCAGGAAAUGUUAGUUCUGAGUUGUCUUGAAUGUGGCAUUACUUCUGUAAGAGGUGAAUAUGUUCUGUAUUCAACCUAAUGUUCUGAUUUUUACUUUUUAGAGUUAACGUUUGAUAUUAAAUGUAAUCGGCCUCAAGUUAUUUGUAGUCCAAAUGUUACUGCAUAAACUCACAACAGUUUACUACUAUGUAAACAAUUUGUUAUUGAAAUAAACAUUUUGUACCAUG